CAAAUCUCUCUCGAUUCUAUUCGGCAAUUAACAAUUGGAUCGAAUCCCCCCGACCGGAAGAAACAGAAUUAAGACGAAGAUGCCUUCCGAGGAUUUCGCCGCCGGCGGCCGGAGGCAGAAGAAGCACCACCACCACCACCAGCUGCAGAUCCGGGAGGUUUGGGCGGACAACGUGGAUCGCGAGUUCAAGCUCAUCCGCGCCGCCAUCGAGCACUUCCCCUACGUGUCCAUGGACACCGAGUUCCCGGGGGUCAUCCACCGCCCCGCCAAGCACCCCGCCGCCAUGACCCCCGCCGAGCGCUACGCCCUCAUCAAGGCCAACGUCGACGCGCUCCACCUCAUCCAGGUCGGACUCACCUUCGCCGCCUCCCCCACCGCCCCGCCCGCGCUCGCCUUCCAGGUCAACCUCCGCGAGUUCGACCCGCGCCUCCACCGCCACGCCCCGGACUCCGUCGCCCUCCUCGCCGCCAGCGGCGUCGACCUGGCCGCGCACCGCGCCAGGGGCGUCAGCGCGCGCGCCUUCGCCGCGCUGCUCAUGUCCUCGGGCCUCGUCUGCAACCCGGAGGUGGCGUGGGUCACCUUCCACUCCGCCUACGACUUCGCCUACCUCGUCAAGAUCCUCAUGGGCCGCAAGCUGCCGAGGUCGCUGCCCGAGUUCCUCAAGUACGUGCGCGUCUACUUCGGGCCCGAGGUCUACGACAUCAAGCACAUGAUGCGCUUCUGCGGCCUCUACGGCGGGCUCGAGCGCGUCGCCGCCGCGCUCCAGGUGCAGCGCGCGGCGGGGCGGUGCCACCAGGCCGCCUCCGACAGCGUGCUCACCUGGGACACGUUCAGGCAGAUGAAGAGCCUCUACUUCGCCAAGGAAGGAAGCCUCCAGCUCUGCGCCGGCGUGCUCUUCGGACUCGAGCUCCAAGAGGACGCCAAGCUCAGAUGAACACCAGGCAUUCUCUUUCUUUUCUUGUACAGAGCAGCCCCCAUCUGCUCCUCUCCCGAAAUGAAUUCGUUCGGGGACAAAAAAUAAUUAAAUGAACAGUAAGAGAGAGAAAAGAAUGGUUCUUUGAUUGGUUAUA